GGGAGCUGAGGUGUUUGUCUGUUGUUGCACGGGAUGCUCCUUUAAGACAGGUGCAGCCUCACGGAGGAUGAUGUGAUAGACCCGGCAUCGUCACGUGACUGUGAACACUAAUAUAGUUCCCUUAUCAAUCUGCCGAAAAGAGUUGUGAUGACAAACCACGUCAAAACGCCGGAUUUCUGUAUACAGUUUGCCAACGCAAAUUGUUUGCGUUGAAAUGGCAUAUUAACAGGAUUGGAAGAAAGUAGCCCUGGGACUUAGCGAUUGAUACAGUACCUCUGAUGAAACCAUGACCAGAUGGGCAAGAGUCACUACCACACAUAACAAAAGACCCUUGCCUGCAACAUCAUGGGAGGAUAUGAAGAAGGGGUCCCUUGAGGAAAAAAGCCAAAGCCUACCAAAGAGUAAACAACUUGAAGCCAAUAGGCUGUGCCUUAAAAAUGGUGCACACCAAGCAAAACACAAAAAGAACAAAAAGAAAAAGGAGUACUUAAAUGAAGAUGUGAAUGGAUUCAUGGACUACCUAAGGCAAAACUCACAGAUGGUUCACAAUGGGGAAAUGAUAACAACAGACAGUCGGGAAGUACGGGAAGAAAUUGCAGUUGCUUUAAAGAAAGAUAGUCGCAGAGAAGGAAGACGGUUAAAAAGACAAGCAGCAAAGAAAAAUGCAAUGGUAUGUUUUCAUUGUAGAAAACCUGGCCAUGGGAUUGCAGAUUGCCCGGCCGCCCUUGAGAAUCAAGAUAUGGGCACUGGAAUAUGUUAUCGGUGUGGAUCUACAGAGCAUGAAAUAACUAAGUGCAAGGCUAAAGUAGAUCCAGCUCUUGGUGAAUUUCCUUUUGCAAAAUGUUUUGUUUGUGGGGAAAUGGGGCACCUGUCCAGGUCUUGCCCUGAUAAUCCCAAAGGAGUCUAUGCUGAUGGUGGCUGCUGCAGACUUUGUGGCUCUGUGGGACAUUUUAAGAAGGAUUGUCCUCAAAGUCAGAAUUCAGAUCGAAUGGUUACAGUUGGUCGCUGGGCAAAGGGGAUGAGUGCAGACUAUGAAGAAAUUUUGGAUGUGCCUAAACCACAGAAACCCAAAACGAAGAUACCUAAAGUUGUUAAUUUUUGAUAAUGACUAGUACUAUCAUAAGUUACCAUCUCAUUGUUACAUUCUGAACUGGGCCUUCUUCACAAGUUGGAGCUGGGCUCCCUUGGAGAGGCCUGUAUUGUAGAUAUCAGUAUGAUCUGAGGAGGUCAAAUAGUUAACUGAGUUCUGACCAAGGAGUACUUCUGCUCGGAGAAAAUCACUGAAGAGAAGCGUAAGAUGUUUAAAUUGGAUUCUUUAAAAGAACUUUUUUACCAGAACUUAUGUAUAACUAAGUGGUUAUAAACCUAAUUGUAACAAUCAUCUUUUUUAAAAAUAUAUAUAUUUUAUUGAUUGCAGAGAGGGAGAGAGAAACAUCAAUGAUGAGAGAGAAUCAUUGAUCGACUGCCUCCUGCACACCCCCCACUGGGGAUCGGGCCUGCAACCCAGGCAUGUGCCCUUAACUGGAAUCGAACCUGGGACCCCUCAGUCCGCAGGCUGACACUCUAUCCACUGAGCCAAACUAGCUAGGGCCAAUCAUCUUUUUCUUAAAAAAAUUAUGCAGCCCUGACUUGGUGGCUCAGUUGGUUGGAACAUCGACCUAUACACCAAAAAGGUUGUGGGUUCGAUUUCCAGCCAGUGUGAGUAGGGGAGGAGGCAACUGAUUGAUGUUUCUCUCAAACAUCGAUGUUUCUCUUGCUCACUGUCUCAAAAAUCGGUGGAAGUAUAUUCUUAGGUGAGGAUUUAAAAAAUAAAAAACAAAGUAUGUAUUCAUCUCACAGCCUGGGCAUGUGCCCUGACCGGGAAUCAAACCUCCUGGUUCAUAGGUUGAUGCUCAACCACUGAGCCACACUGGCCGGGCUGCAUAUUUAAAAUAUUUAAUAAAAUGUAUUUGGUAUUUUUCUGAAUACCCAAUUCUGGAUUUAACUAGUCAUUGUCUCUUAAUGCCCAUUAACAAUCUCUUUGGAAUCACAAUCUUUUAUGAACCCAACAUUAAUUUUUGUUUCAGAUUUCACAUAAAGAAUUACAUAUUUUUUUGAGGUUAAAAUUGAAGAGUAUCUCACCUUAGCAGCUCUUUCUUUGCUCUUGAUGUUCAAGAAAGAAAUUCAGUUUGGAAUAUUUAGCCAGAAUAAUAGCACAUAACAGACUGUAUAUCAAACUUAAUAGCAUUUUGUUCACAUGUUUUAGAUGAGUCUGGGUGCUUAUCACCAUAAUAGAGUUAGAACACUAAUCAGAGACCCAUUAGUGUCUUUGUUUGAUUUGAUGAAUACAUGCAUACUUAAUCCAUAUAUUUCACAAGGCUUAGGGCUCCUAUUGUGCUGUAUAAUGCAAUGACUCUGGUGGAUUGUGUAUUUUAUUUGAAAUUUUACCUGAUUGGAUACAUUUGUAACCGAAGGAAACAGCUGUGAUUAUUUACUGAUGCUUCAAAGGCAAAAUAUUUACCAAAUAAAAAAACCACUUUUCUCUGUUUCAA